CUAAAUUAAUAAAAUAAAGAAGUGCAUUUUCCAAUUUUAAAUUAAAUAAGGAAUAAAUCAUGUAUACAUCUAAACAACCUUUUCUUAAAUCUAAGCAACCCUUUAGUAAAUCCAAGCAAACUUUUAAUAAAUCCAAGCAACCCUUUCGUAAAUCCAAGCAAACUUUUCGUAAAUUCAAACAACCUUUUCGUAAAUCUAAACAACCUUUUCGUAGGCGUCCCCGGAUUGGCCCGGGAGAUCGAAUUGAUUAUAGAAACAUGAGUUUAAUUAAUAGAUUUAUUAGUGAACAAGGAAAAAUAUUAUCGAGACGAAUAAAUAGAUUAACCUUGAAACAACAACGAUUAAUUACUCUUGCUAUAAAACAGGCUCGUAUUUUAUCUUUUUUACCGUUUCGUAACUAUGAGAACGAAAAACAAUUUCAAGCCCAGUCAAUUUCAAUAAUUACAGGUUCUAGACCCAGAAAAAAUAGACAUAUUCCUCAAUUAACGCAAAAGUACAAUUCCAAUCGAAACUUAAGAAACUACAACCAAAAUUUAAGAAACAACAACCGGAACUUAAGUUCCGAUUGUUGAUGUUUUAUUCGAAUUCGCAAGGGCCAGACCUAUAUAUAUUAUAAAGAAAGUAAUCCAGCUCGUCGAUUCCUACCACUUAAUCUUAAUUUAUUGUAUCUUCCCGGAGUUCCCUCUCCGGGAAUUCAUCUUUUAUUAUUCCAGUAUAUUACUUUAUUUAUACCUUUAAUUGAUGAUCUUUAUUUUAUUGGAAAUCGUGUAAAGAUUAUUUGGAUUUGAUACAGCUACUUGUGCAAGCAUUUUACGAUUAAGAAUCAAUUUCUUCUUGUACAGGUUGUGUAUUAAUUUACUAUAACUAUCGAAUACUUUAUAUACCCGCGUUGCUGCGUUUAUCCGAGUGAUCCACAAACGACGAAAAUCCCUCUUUUGCCUACCUCUAUCUCGAUGAGAGGAAACAAAAGCUCUUUUUACUUGUUGGGUAAUCAUUCGAUUAAGUCUUAAAUGAGCCCCUCUAAAGUUUGAGGCAAAUGAACGCAUUUUUGUUCGUCGUCUCCGGGCUAUAUAUCCUCGCGGAACUCUGGUCAUUGAAUCAAAUUAACCUUAAUGAAUAACUAAUGAUUUCUCUUCUUUUAGCCACCCUUUUUCUCAUUAAUAACAAAACUAAUUAUUCCGAUAUAUAAAAUAUUAAUUCCAAUGGCUUUUGCUAUAGUAACCUUCCCAACCACGAUUUUUUAUUCCACUCCGUUCAGUUAUUUCUAUACGAAAUAACAAAUUCAUUCUAAAUAAUACUAAAAAAAAUAGUGGGUUCCAUCGUUUCUAUGGUUCCCUUUUAAACGGUGAGGCCCUCUCUAUACACCGGAGCCCUUUCUUUCAUCAAAAAGUAUUACGAACUUGUAUAGUUCACAUUCUUUGGCUCUACCUAUCCAUUAUAGAGUAAAUAGCUCUUUUCACAAUAAGAGUUAUCCAUACAGUGACGGUAUUUAAUUAUGAAAGUUGGCUAAGUAGCUGACCCUGUUAGUCCGUUCUUUAUAAGAUAAAAGAGCAUAAGCCUUUUUCUUUUUAUUACUAUUUCCUCCGCUUAAUGGAUAACCAUUUGCUACCAAUGGGAGAAUUGCUUCUUAUUUCCAAAUUUAGAUAAUUCGAUUUGCACCAAAGGAAACCAGAAAUUCCAUAUACCAUAGAAAUCUAGGAUAGAGAAGCUAUAUCCUAUUCAUUGGUACUAAUCAGGGAUACUUCAAAUUUUUUUUAUAUUUGUUUGAAGUCAUGAUCUGAACGAGUCGCACAUACACCCUAGCACAUGUUCCUCGACGCUGAGGGCAUCCUUUAAGCGCAGCCGUUUUUCUAGCAUUUCGUAUUGGCUGUCUUGCGUUUCUAAUAAGUUGUUUAACCGUUGGCAUGUUGUAUGUAUAUAGAAAAAAAUGGAUUGGUUUAGAUCCAUCUUAACCUGAUGAUUGCUCAUCAUGAAGUCUUUCUAUUUUCUAUUAAAUCGAGGAAAACACGAAUUUAGCUGUGAAAUAACUUUACAAGAAAUCCGGACACUACCAAUCCUUAAACAUUUCCGGAAACCACACUGGAUCAGUAUCGCAGUGCUUGUCAAUCAUUUCAUCCCCUACAAUAUCGACAAGUCCAUAAGCUUUGGCUUCGUCUGCUGACAUAAAAACAUCCCUUUCCAUGUCUUCGGAUACAACCCAAAAAGGCUUGCCUGUUCUUAGUGCAUAAACCCUUGUGAUCAUUUCGCGAACUUUGUGUAACUCUUCUACUUCUAGUAAAAAUUCUGGUGUCCUUGCCCGAUAAUAAGCACUAGCAGGUUGGUGAAGCAUAAUCCUCGCGUGAGGGAAUGCUAUACGCUUGGCGGGUUCUCCUCCAAGCAGAAUGAAGGACGCCAUGGACGCGGCUAUUCCGAGGCAUAUUGUAUAUAUAUCUGGUGUCACCGUUUGCAUCGUAUCAAAAAUAGCCAUUCCUGAGAUUAGCCAACCGCCUGGGGAGUUUAUAAACAAAAAAAUAUCACUAAUUCCAUCUUCUAUACUCAGAUAUACCAUGAGACCUGUAAUAUGAUUCGUGAUCUCGCAACGAAUCUCUUGACCUAAAAAAAGUGUCCUUUCUCGAUACAUAACAUUGUAUAAGUCAACCCAAGUCGCUUCUUCAUCUCCAGGAAUCCGGUAAGGUACUUUUGGAACACCAAUGGGCAUAUUAGAUUAAUAUUAUUAAAUUUAAGUAAGAAACACUUUAAUAUGGAAACGUAAGAAUGGAACAGAAAGAAAGAAUCUGCAGUUUAUUGUCUUAAUUUUUAUUCUUAUUCUAUUCUAUUUUAUUCUUAUUCUAUUCUAUAUGAAUACUAUAGAUUCUAUUAAUACAUAGAUGGAAAGGUUAUACAUAUAAGAAAGGUAAGACAGAUUGAAUAAAGAAAAAGGAAUGGGUGAUUCGAAUGCUAAACAAAGAGGGGUAGCGAUCUAUUCUUCGUUUUUUCCAAAUUGGCCAAGUUACCCAUUGCAUAUUGGCACUUAUCGAGUAUAGAAUAGAUCUGCUUCUCUUUCUUCUUAUGAACAGAAUUGGCUUCUUAUUUUUAAUGGAAUGAAAUAAAUAUUCGCGCUUUCUGACACAGAAUCCCCUAGAAGGGUUAGGUACAAUGGAUAAUCUUUUUCAAUGCGAUAAAAUAAAGCGACAUCGUGUCUAUUUUUCUUUGCUAAAGGGGUAUUUCCAUGGGUUUGCCUUGGUAUCGUGUUCAUACUGUCGUAUUGAAUGAUCCGGGUCGAUUGCUUGCGGUGCAUAUAAUGCACACAGCUCUAGUUUCUGGUUGGGCUGGCUCAAUGGCUUUAUACGAAUUAGCAGUUUUUGAUCCCUCUGAUCCUGUUCUGGAUCCAAUGUGGAGACAAGGUAUGUUCGUAAUUCCCUUCAUGACUCGUUUAGGAAUAACGGAUUCGUGGGGUGGUUGGAGUAUUUCAGGAGGAACUGUAACAAAUCCGGGUAUUUGGAGUUAUGAAGGUGUGGCAGCUACGCAUAUUGUGUUUUCUGGCUUGUGUUUCUUGGCAGCGAUCUGGCAUUGGGUAUAUUGGGACCUAGAAAUAUUCUCUGAUGAGCGGACGGGAAAACCCUCUUUGGAUUUGCCCAAGAUCUUUGGAAUUCAUUUAUUUCUUGCAGGGGUGGCUUGCUUUGGCUUUGGGGCAUUUCAUGUAACGGGUUUGUAUGGUCCUGGGAUAUGGGUAUCCGAUCCUUAUGGACUAACUGGAAAAGUACAAGCUGUAAAUCCAGCGUGGGGUGCAGAAGGUUUUGAUCCUUUUGUUCCGGGGGGAAUAGCUUCUCAUCAUAUUGCUGCGGGUACAUUGGGUAUAUUAGCGGGCUUAUUCCAUCUUAGUGUCCGUCCGCCUCAACGUCUAUAUAAAGGAUUACGUAUGGGCAAUAUUGAAACUGUACUUUCCAGUAGUAUCGCUGCUGUUUUUUUUUGCAGCUUUCGUAGUUGCUGGAACUAUGUGGUAUGGGUCAGCAACGACCCCAAUCGAAUUAUUUGGGCCUACUCGUUAUCAGUGGGAUCAGGGAUACUUUCAGCAAGAAAUAUAUCGAAGAGUUAGCAAUGGUUUAGCCGAAAAUCUUAGUUUAUCAGAAGCUUGGUCUAAAAUUCCCGAAAAAUUAGCCUUUUAUGAUUAUAUUGGUAAUAAUCCGGCAAAAGGGGGAUUAUUCAGAGCGGGCUCAAUGGACAAUGGGGAUGGAAUAGCUGUUGGAUGGUUAGGACAUCCCGUCUUUAGAGAUAAAGAAGGACGUGAGCUUUUUGUACGCCGUAUGCCUACUUUUUUGAAACAUUUCCGGUUGUUUUGGUAGAUGAGGAGGGAAUUGUUAGAGCGGACGUUCCUUUUAGAAGAGCAGAAUCCAAAUAUAGUGUUGAACAAGUAGGCGUAACGGUGGAGUUCUAUGGUGGCGAACUUAAUGGAGUAAAUUAUUCUGAUCCUGCUACUGUAAAAAAA